AUGAACUACUACUUCACACACGCGCGACCGCUACCAUUUUGGAUCAUACCGUGUCGCGAGUCGGAGCUCUUUGUCAGAGCUCCGACUCGCGACACGGUCAAAAUGAACGUUAAUGACAAAAAGUCGAAGAUUCCAGAGGCUCCAAAAGUAGGAGGAGGAACAGUAGGAGGUGCUGGGAACCUACUUUCAAGUGUUGCUCCGCCGUCGCAGCUUCCUAAUUUUAUCACUUCGCCAGCUGCGCCAUCGUCUGAGGUUCAGAAUAUUGCUCAGACUGUAAAUGAGCCUCAACCAUCACCAAUACCUGUGCAGCCUGUCAUUGUUCAACCCAGAGAUGACUCACCAAAAACACCUGAAAAUUUUAGUCCAGCUAUACCUCUUUGCAAAGGCGAGCCUACUCUGUCAAUUAGAUCACCUGAAGACUCUCAGACAACUCUAUCUCCAGAGUCAAUGCCUGACUCAACUCCAGAAGUUGAGAAACUUGGGGACAUAAUGCCCGGAAGUGGAUUGUUCACAUGGAUGAAAGGCGCUGUGACAUCUGGCGGUAUUUUGCAGCGUGUUGCUGAGAAAGCUAAGAGUUCUGUUGACUCUAUGAUCACUACUCUUGACCCCCAGAUGAAGGAGUAUCUCAAGAAUGGUGGAGAUAUUUACGUUGUGGUAGCUUCAGACAAAGAUACCAAGGUGUCCCCAAUACGAGAAGCUUUUCAAACUGUGUUUGGGAAAGCUACAGUAGCGGGAUUUCCCGCUCAAAGCGACGUAACCGCCGAGCAACCCGUAGGCUACGCCGCCGCCUAUGCUGCUGCCAAACAACGGAUAGCACAUUUGCGUUCAACGCGAUCAGAACUAAACAAUAACGUUCCUGUCGUCGCAAUAGAAGGGUUCCUGCAGGAGACUGUCAGCGACAGGUGGUUCGACAUAUCCCUAUUAGUAUUAUCCCUGCCGUCCCUGGGAAUUGAACUGCAACUCCAGUCUCAAGGCACGCCGGUGCCGGGCGCGGCAGUCGCGGCUGCCAGUGCGGCAACUCCAAUAGACUAUGAACACAAGCAGACCGGAUAUAGCGUCACUAUUGGAUCUAUUAUGGCGGCCAGCUUACAGGUCCAUCAUUUUGAAUGGCAAGAGGCGGCGACUGGAGUUUCUCGGCGUGAAGUAUUACUAUUAGCUGCCAAAUCCCUCGCCGGCACGUACAAGAAGCUACUCUCAGUCUCCGCUGCAGAAACAUAAAAUAUUCCGCCUGAACUCUGUUAAGGUAACCCAAGAUGGCGGUGCCGACAGUAACAAUCGAUGAGCUGUCCAACGCGAUUCAAGAUCCUACCAUCAACGCAGUCCCAAAGAAGGUUCUAGAAGGUGUACUCAAUGAUCACAUGGAUUUGUACUAUGGAAAGGAGACACCUUUCACGACAGGCAAGACCGUCUUACCAUCAGGCACUACGAUAGAGGAAGUGGAUACAGCUGCUGCAGAUUUGGGCGUGGAAAAGAAGUUCAGGGAUGUUGUCGCUAAGAUCUCAGAAGUUCACAAGGGAGGGGACCUCACGCCACAGUCUACGAACGAUGGCUGGGAACCCAAGUUGACCCCAGUGUUAGUUGUAGUCACUCAGAAUAAAUACUAAUCUAAAUUCUACAUUAUAUAAUUAGAUAGCUCUCUCAUCAAGUUAUAAUUUUUACAAUUUCAUCGUUUUAUAAUAAGUUAUUUAUUUGGCAUGUUUGUAAUUUUUAAGAAUUAAACAUUCUAUUCAAUGGGUGUUGUUCUAUUUUAAGAAUUCAUAAAUUUCUAUAUUAAAUAAAUUUU